UAUUUUUAUAGGGUCAACUUGACAACUCAAAAGCGUUUGGCUGCCUCCGUGCUCAAGUGCGGUGAGAGAAAGAUCUGGCUCGAUCCCAAUGAGGUCAACGAGAUUGGCAACGCCAACUCCCGUGCCAACAUUCGCAAGCUCGUCAAGGACGGUUUGAUCAUUCGCAAGCCCGAAAUCAGCCACUCUCGUUUCCGUGUCCGUGAACGCAACGCUGCCAAGCGUCUCGGUCGCCACAUGGGUCACGGUAAGAGAAAGGGUACUGCUGAUGCCCGUAUGUCCCGCCAGGUUUUGUGGAUGCGCCGCAUGCGUGUCCUCCGCCGUUUGUUGCGCAAGUACAGAGAGGCUGGCAAGAUCGACAAGCACUUGUACCACUCCUUGUACCUCAAGUCCAAGGGUAACGGUUUCAAGAACAAGCGUGUCUUGAUGGAAUACAUCCACAAGGCCAAGGCCGAGAAGCAGAGAGCCAAGACCCUCAACGAACAAGCCGAAGUUCUCCGUGCCAAGAACAAGGCUCUCCGUGAACGCCGCAAGCAGCGUGCCGAGGAGAAG